GGGCUCCGCAACAUCCGUUAGCUCGCUCGUAGGCUGGGCUCGGCUGGGCUCGGCUGGGCUGGGCUGGGCUGGGAAAUAUCCGCACUUGCGUCAGCUGCCGGCUGUCCUGGUCUCGCUCACGAGAGCACACGAGAACGCUCAGCGUCUUACAUUGUGUGCGUUUCACCCCAUUUUUCUUUUAAAGCACCCCAAAUUCUACUCGCUUACUUUGUCGUUUAUGUUCACGCAGCCGCACAUUCGCCGUGAAAUGGCCGUUCCGUUGCACGCGGCUGCUCCGAACGAAGCAGCCCGCCGAGCAGCUGCCGGAAGGUCCGGUGGAGCUAAAGUGGCGCACCGCUGAGCUCCCAAACACAGGGUGGCCCCCCCCCCCCCUCCAUCACAUUUUAACCGUCUUAUAGUCAUUUUAAAACACUUUAUAAUUGGGUUUAAAAGAACAGACAACAUCUGGAGCGUAUUAAGCGAGCACCCACCCGAGCCGACCCUCUUCAAUGAGACAUGUUACGGCGAGUUGUGCGACAGAGCAAGUUCCGCCACGUCUUCGGCCAGGCGGUGAGGAACGACCAGUGCUACGACGACAUCCGCGUCUCCCGGGUCACGUGGGACAGCUCCUUCUGCGCCGUCAACCCCAAGUUCGUCGCCAUCAUCAUCGAGGCCAGCGGGGGCGGAGCCUUCCUGGUCCUGCCUUUGCACAAGACUGGCCGCAUCGACAAGGUGUUCCCGACGGUGUGCGGUCACACGGGUCCCGUCCUGGACAUCGACUGGUGUCCUCACAACGACCUCGUCAUAGCCAGCGGCUCUGAGGACUGCACCGUUAUGGUUUGGCAGAUCCCAGAGAACGGCCUGGAGUCUCCCCUCUCGGAGGCGGUGGUGGUUCUAGAGGGCCACUCCAAGCGGGUGGGCAUCGUGUCCUGGCACCCCACCGCUCGCAACGUUCUCCUCAGCGCCGGGUGCGACAACCAGGUGAUCAUCUGGAACGUGGGCACGGGCGAGGCGAUGAUCAACCUGGACGACAUGCAUCCCGACGUCAUCUUCAGCGUGAGCUGGAGCCGCAACGGCGGCCUCCUGUGCACCGCCUGCAAGGACAAAAAGGUCCGCGUGGUGGACCCCCGCAAAAAGAAGAUCGUGGCGGAGAAGGACAAAGCCCACGAGGGAGCUCGGCCCAUGAGAGCCAUCUUCCUGGCGGACGGCAAGAUCUUCACCACGGGAUUCAGCCGCAUGAGCGAGCGCCAGCUCGCGCUCUGGAAAACCGACAACAUGGAGGAGCCCAUCUGCGUUCAAGAGAUGGACUCCAGCAACGGAGUCCUGCUCCCUUUCUUCGACCCCGACACCAACAUCGUGUACCUGUGCGGAAAGGGCGACAGCAGCAUUCGGUACUUUGAGAUCACGGACGAGGCGCCGUACGUGCACUACCUCAACACCUUCUCCACCAAGGAGCCGCAGAGGGGCAUGGGCUACAUGCCCAAACGCGGACUCGACGUCAACAAAUGUGAAAUUGCCAGGUUCUACAAAUUACAGGAGAGAAAAUGCGAGCCAAUCAUCAUGACAGUCCCCCGAAAGUCGGACCUGUUCCAGGACGACCUGUACCCGGACACGGCCGGACCCGACCCGGCCCUGGAGGCGGAGGAGUGGUUCGCCGGCAAGAACGGCGGCCCGGUCCUCAUCUCGCUCAAGGACGGCUACGUGCCCACCAAGAGCCGAGAGCUCAAAGUGGUCAAAGCCAACGUCCUGGAGGGCAAAGUCGCCACCAAGGCCGCCGAAAACGCCUCCAACGUCCACAAGAACCUUUCGUCUCACGCUCCCGCGCAGCCGGCCACGCAAAAGAUGGAGGAUAAGCUGGAAGAGGUGCUGCGGGAGUUCAAGUCCCUGCGAGACCGCGUCAUCCUGCAGGACCGGCGCAUCGCCAGACUGGAAGAGCAGAUCGCCAAGGUUGCCAUAUGUCAGGUCUCAGCAUGAACUGGUUUUUGGUUUGGUGGCUGUCAAGCUGUCUUUCAGUUUGGGUCUCUGCUGGUUUGGUAGGACCCACCACUGUAGAAAUGCAGACCCGGCCGUCUCCCGACUUUGAGGACUCUGCCGAAGGGAGUCCAGGUGUGGCAGGUACUGCUGGAUUAUAUUAUGGCCAGACUAUCCCUGGAACUGAACCUGCUGAACAUCAGCAGUCUUCUAGCUCUUCUCCUGACAUGGUUGCUAAAAUUACUGCUAGCCCAGUCUCAAUUCAAAGUCCCAGUAGUCCUCCGGGUUUUGGAACUGGAAGGACAUCUUUCCCUGACAGUUCCGAUCCUACCUUCAUACCAGAGCUUCUUUCUCACUCUUCACCUAUGAGCUCCAUACCACCACAGUCUCCUGAGCCCUCAAAGUCCAAUAUCCAGUCUACGCUAGUCCCAGCCCGAAGUCAAAAGGCACACACAAAAACAUCUACUAGUAACUCUGAUCUUUCCAGUCCGAUCUCAACACC